CACUCGUACCCACCACACACACGCCCACACAGACGCACACACAAUUUCUCUCUCUCUCUCUCUCUCUCUCUCUCUCUCUCUUCCCCCCUCCUCGUCCUUCCCCUUUCCCUUCCUCGCCAAUCAGACGUGAGAGUCGGAGUUAGCGCGUCCAUCGUCGCAGCUUGGCCGGAUCUGAACAGUCGGUACCGUACGCACGUACCGUUUCCCUCUCCGCGAUACGGUUGGUGGUGGGGGAAGAUUUGCGGCGGGGAAUGGAAAAGCGCGGCUACAAGCUCCAGGAGUUCGUGGCGCAUUCGACUGAUGUCAACUGUGUAAGCAUCGGGAAGAAAUCAAACAGAGUGUUCAUCACUGGUGGUGAGGACCGCAAGGUGAACCUGUGGGCAAUUGGUAAACCAACGCCGUUGUUGAGCUUAGCGGGUCACACAAGUUCGGUUGAUUCUGUUGCUUUUGAUACAGCCGAAGUAUUGGUGCUCGCAGGAUCUUCCAAUGGGACAAUUAAGCUUUGGGAUUUGGAAGAGGCAAAGAUCGUGCGUACUCUCCCUGGGCACAGAUUAAAUUGUACAUCUGUUGAAUUCCAUCCAUUUGGUGAAUUCUUUGCAUCUGGUUCUUUGGAUACCGAUCUUAAGAUCUGGGAUAUUAGAAAAAAGGGAUGCAUUCACACCUAUAAGGGUCAUUCACGAGGAAUUCGGACUAUAAAAUUUACCCCAGAUGGGCGAUGGGUUGUUACUGGUGGAGAUGAUAAUGUGGUUAAGUUAUGGGAUCUGACGGCAGGGAAACUUCUACAUGAUUUUAAGUUCCAUAAUGGGCAUAUCCGGUGCAUAAAUUUUCAUCCUCAUGAAUUUCUACUGGCAACUGGAUCAGCUGAUCGGACAGUAAAAUUUUGGGACCUAGAAACUUUUGAGCUAAUAGGUUCUUCAGGACCUGAGGCUACUGGCGUACGCUCUAUGAUUUUUCACCCAGAUGGAAGAACAUUAUUUUGUGGGCUGGACAUGACCUUAAAGGUGCUUUCUUGGGAACCUGUAAGAUACCAUGAUGUCGUCGAUAUGGGGUGGUCUACUUUGGCUGAUCUUAGUAUCUAUGAAGGAAAACUUUUGGGUUGUUCCUACCGUGAAAGUCGUGUUGGAGUUUGGGUUGCUGAUAUAUCACUCAUUGGACCAUAUGCUCUCGGAGUGUUGCCAAAAAAAAAUGGUUUAGCAGAGCCUAUAUAUAGCCAUGUGGAAGAUCAAUAUAUUAGGCCACCCGAUAGUACUGCAAAGUCUAGUUCUGUAUUGAUGUCUCGACAUCAGUCUAUGGAGUCAACAAUAACUGAUGAAUGCUGUCAAAGUGGUCUACAAGGGAUUAGUUCCAUUUAUAAAUCAACUUUGACUCCAACAAGUUCAGACGGCAUCAAGAGGAAUAAAAGUAGUUUACCCUGCAAUAGUACUCCUGAAAGAGCUCAUUCUAAGAUAUCUGGCAAAUCGUUCACCAUACGUUCUACCACAAUCAAAGUUGUCAAGGCUACGGAGAGUUCUCCUUCUAAUAGAAGUGAAUUAAGUUCUCCAUCCAGGGUUCUAUCAGUAAAUCCGUCAACAGCUCGUGUAAAUACUUCUCCGAGCCUGAAGAAGAGUCCUAGGUCUGACUCACGUCAGUUUAGAAAUAUUGAGGCAACUGCUGGUCCAGUUUCCAUGCCUGUUAUCAUACCCGGAGAUAGUGUGGACCUGGAAACAUCAGGCAAUAAUAGAAAAGAAAGUGCAAGUACCAAGUGUGCAGUGCGUGAUGAUAAACUUUGCAGCUCAAUUCACUUGCGCAGGCAAUCUUUCAGUGGUGGUGUUAGUGGCAGUGAAAGCCAAUUGACAGCAACUAUUUCUGAACCUUUCUGUAAUAUGAAUGCUGAUUCAGGUGUAACUGAUUCAAACUUGCACUCUAGACUAACUGUCUGCCAUAAGAUCCUAGAAGCUGAUGAGAAAAACCAGACAAACAUCAGAGAUGUUUCAAAAAAAUUCGAAAGCACCAUGUCAUUGGAGCAACCUUUACCUAAUGACAAAUGCACUGAAUCACCAUGCUCAACCACUGAAACAGCAGAAGUUAAAUAUGUCAGAGGAGUUGCCGUACAACUAGGGAGGACACGGUCUCUGGUUGAAAGUUGGGAAAGGAGGGACAGAUGUAACAGUGGUUAUGCAGCAACUGUUAGUUCAUCUUCUGAGCAAGGCACAGGAGCUGACUGUGUGAUUCCCUUGUCGAGAGGACACACCUAUCAAAAGAAUUUGUCAUCACUGGAUGAUGGUUCCAUUCUUGAGAUAUUGAAUCAAAGCCAUGAUGUGUUCAUAAAUGCUGUAAAAUCCCGGCUAACAAAGUUACAGGUGGUGAGGCACUUUUUUGAACAAGAUGGUAUUAAAGGUGCAAUCAAUGCAGUUGCCAAGUUGCCUGACUAUUCUGUUCAAGGUGAUCUGAUCAGCAUUCUCAAGGAGAAACUUGAUCUUCUCAAUCUUGAAACUUUCUCAUGCUUGCUGCCAAUACUUGCUGGUUUGUUAAACAGCAAGACUGAAAGGCACAUUACAAUCUCUCUGGAAAUGCUAUUGGAGCUUAUAAAGAUUUUUGGACCAGUUAUUCAUUUGACUGUUUCAGCAACUUUACCAGUUGGAGUUGAUCUUCACGCAGAGGAAAGAUUGGAACGAUGCAGUUACUGCUUCAGUCAUUUGCAAAAGAUAAAGCAGACGCUUCAUCUACUAACCAGGAGAGGUGGUGAGCUAGCAAAAUUGGCUGACGAGUUGAAUUUUGCUCUACAAGACUGGUGAAUGCAUUUAUUAGUCCUUUCGGACUAAUUCUCUAGUCUCUUUAUCUUUUCAACACAAACUACGUACUCUGUUGUAUGCAGAUGGAGCUCAUCUGGUGCCUAAGAACUUGAGACAGUGCUGUGGCCACUAUUUCUCUGUUUUCUUGCGUGAUGGGCAUGUCAAAUGCUCGGACGCAGAGAGAUUGGGGCUCAAACCAGGCACUGCUUGCUUGCCGGCUGUUUUAGAUGGCAAAUUAACUAUGCUUCGUCAUCUCACCUUGACUUCUAGCAAGGAUUUAAGUGCAGGGGCACAGGGUUGUGCGGAGAAAUUGUUAGCACGGCACGAUAUGUAUAGUGCGUGUCGUGCUGAUAUGUGCUGGUCAUAAAAAUUUGUGUGGCGGCAUGUUAUGAUAUGAUUUAUUUCUUUAGCACUAAUAUAUUUAAUUGCUUAUUAAAUAUCUUUAUAGUUUUUUUAAUUGCUUAUUAAAUAUCUUUAUAGAUUUUUUUUGCACUU